AUGCCAAGUACAGUGGAGAUCAUCUAUAUGAUCCUGAUUGCUGGUGAACUGGCUUUAGGGAUUUGGGGAAAUGGAUUCAUUAUAAUGGUUAACUGCAUUAGCUACCUCAAAAAGCGAGAUACCUCCUUGGUUGACAUCAUCCUGGUUAGCUUGGCCAGCUGCAGAAUCUGUCUGUUGUGUGUAAUAACUUUAGAUGGUUUUAUCAUAGUGCUGUCUCCAGAUACACAUGCUAAUGAUGAAAUGAUGUACAUUUUGGAUGUUUUCUGGACACUAAGCAAUCAUUCAAAUGUCUGGUGUACUUCUUGCCUCAGUAUCUACUAUUUGCUCAAGAUAAGCAAUAUCUCCCAUCCGCUUUUCCUCUGGCUGAAGCAAAAUAUUAACAUGGUCAUCCUUGGCAUUCUUCUUGGGUCCUUUCUUGUCUCCUUACUUAUUAGUGUUUCAAUGGACUGCUGUUUGUAUAAUGAUUUCCAGUAUCACUUGAAGGACAAUAAUGAAGAAAAUAGAACUUUGGAACUCAAAGUGAGUAAAAUUCCGAAUUCUUUGCAAUCGGUGUUCCUGAACUUAGGGGCUGUAGUGCCCUUUAUUUUAUCUCUGAUGUCAUUUCUCUUGUUACUUUUCUCUUUAAUUAGGCACACCAAGCAGAUGAAACAUCAUGCCAUAGGGUCCAGAGACCCCAGUGCAGAGGUCCACAUGAGGGCCAUAAAGGCAGUGGUCAUUUUUCUGGUCCACUUCAUUCUGUACUAUACACUCUUUCUGAUGCUUACCUCUAGCUUUCUGAUUCCCCAAAGCAAAUUAGUGGUGAUAUUUGGUGGUAUAAUAACUGUCAUUUUCCCAUCAAGCCAUUCAUUCAUCCUGAUAAUGGGGAACAGGAAGCUGAGGGGAGCUUUUCUGAAGGUGCUAAGGUUUGUGAAGGGUCUCACAGCCCUAUGA